AUGAGGAUCAGCAAGAGCGCCCCCAACCUCCUGAAGAAGGCGGCGACGUCCGUUAAGAGCAAGUCCGACGCUCUAAGAACAAAGCUCAUCUUCUUGGCAUCCCUGCGCCGAAGGUUGGCGAUGAUCAGUGCGAUGUCUCGCCAGAUACAUGGGCUCGCCAAGUUGAAGGGCCAGGAGAAGCAGGCUAGGGUGGAGCACGGCAGCAAGGCUCUCACGGUGCACAAGGCGAUGGCGACGAGCAAGGAGCCAGUUGGAGAUCAUGGUGGAAGGGAUGGUAAUGUUGGUAUGUUUGAGGUGGCAAUGUUUGAGGAAGGUUACCAUGGUUACCCUGACUGGACCAAUUCCCUUUUCGACGAUGACAAUUGUUACAAGGAUGAGGAGGACGGUCAUGACAACGAAAACGACAACGAGGAACUUGAUGUUCUUGGUGCGCUAGAUGAGCCCUCGGUCAUCGAGAUCAUCAGGAGCAACCGGGAGGCUCAAGGUCUCGAGUUCAACAUGGACGAUGAGAUUGAUGAAGCUUGUGAUAUGUUCAUUAGGAGAUGUCGCAGUCAGAUGAACCUUAGCCUUUUGUGA